AUGGCCUCAACACCCUCACCUUCGGCGAACUUGGCGGCCGAAGACGCAUCCGCAUCACCUGCUCCAUCCAAUGCGCAGGCACCCCCCGAUCCCAAAGACAAUGCCGUCGAAGACAAAGCCGACGCCAAGGAAACACCGAGCGAAGGCGACGAAGAACACGAGGAUGGCCAAGUAUCAGAUGAUGAUGGUGAUGCUGCAUCAGCGCCGCCACUGCCGAGCGAACCAGUUCAGGGAGGACCACCUCUACCGGCAGAACCUGUUCCCGCGACGCAAGACGACGGCUGGGAUUGCACCUGGGACCCCAACACCCAGGCGUGGUUCUUCUCAAACAGAUUCACGGGCAAGACACAAUGGGAGAACCCUCGCGUUCAGACAAGCGAGGCCGCGCCGCCAACACAACCAUUGCCCCCGGUAGACGAAAAGCCCGUCGCUGGCGGAUAUAACCCGGCAAUACAUGGCGACUACGACCCGAAUGCGUGGUACGCCAAUGGCGACAAGGCGGACGAAGAUGAAUACGAUGCCGAAGCAGCAGUUGCGGGUGCCUACAAUGCAGAUCCGUAUGCCUCCACGGCUACGUUUAACCGCUUUACUGGCAGCUUCCAAGCAGGAGAUGCGGGACCUGGUAGACAUUCAGACGAAGCAAAAUCCAAGCGUCAGAUGAAUGCCUUUUUUGACUCUGAGGCGGCUGCAAAUAGCCAUGACGGCAGAAGUCUAAAGGCGGAGAGAACCAACAAGCGACUCUCCAAGGCUGAAUUGAAGGCGUUUAAGGAUAAGAGGCGGGCGAAAAAGGAAGAGAAGCGAAGAGCAUGGCUCCGCGACUGA